AUGGCACGCACCAAGCACACAGCCUCUAGCAUAUCGCGUUCUCCUCGCAGCACCAAAACGAAAAAGUCCAAGGGCAGCUCCAGCAUCAGGAAGCGCGCCGCUGCUGUCAUGGGCGCCAGAUCCAGGCCGCUGCCAAGGCCACCAAAAGAACUCGCGCAGGCGAUCUCGUCAUUCUCAAUCCCGAUAAACCGCGCAGAGGCAGUGCCGGAAGACUUCCUCGUGAACCACACACUCCACCUGACCUAUGGGGCCCCAGAGGACUUGCAGGUCAUCGAUCCGGAUGAUAAGAAGGCGUACACUAUGUGCAGGGUGCCUGUGAAACAGGAUGGGCAGGUGUUCGGGUACGUACCAUUGCCCUUCAGGUACAAGGACUUGUGGCUCGAGCUGUGCUACAACGUGGUGGCAUAUGCCACCGUCUGGAAGCUUUGGAACGACGAGUGUAAGAAGGGUACGGCUAAGCAGAUGCGGAUGGCCACAGUUUGCCGACAGAACUCUGGGACGAUGCUUGUCACUCACAUGCAUGCGAGGUUGAUGGCGGUGGAUCAAUUGGUUGCUAUGCGUCACGACGUAAAGCCUGGAGCGGAGCGUGUCCCCAUUCUGGACGAAUGGAAGGUCCGGCACGUCCGCGACUGGUUCGGCAUGACUUUCCGGGAGGCCAGCGGUGAAGGACAAGAAUUCUUGCUCGCAGACCCCACCAGCACGGAAAAUAAAGCAUUUUUCGGUAAGUUGAUCAAAUCCAGUCCCAUUUUUACAUCACUCCAAGGGAAUGCAGAGCGUGACUGGGCGGUAGAAAAUGAAGGCCUUGAUAUGAUGGCGCCCCCGGAAGACUUGCAGACAUGGAUCGCAGGGGAGAUCCAAGGGUUCAAGGAGAAAUUUCACGCGAUCCUCAAGCCGCAGGCCUAUUCUGAGUUGAACAGGAAAAGUAAAUACUUCUACACCCGGCAUGAGGAUGGCGCACGGCUACCACAACGCUGGCAUGAGGGACACCAUCCCCCUCCACACUACUGGACAAAGGGUCAGUGGGACUGGAUGGCCAAAGGUGACGUUGCCAUUGCCUAUCGCCGCUUCUACCUACUAACAUCUGCAUGCUUGGCAGGAAAUGACUACUGGCAGAAACCCCUUGACUUGGUGUAUGACGUUCUGUCCCGAGACGUAGAGUACGAGGAGUUCUUGUCCGUCAUAAACUCGAUCAGCAUCAUCCUGCAAGAGUCUCCUCGCUGGGACCAGGUGAAAAUAGCCAGGCAAGGGCUCUGGAUGGGAGAGAUGACUUGGAGGGAAUCUGUGGAUCUGUUGAGGCAGAUUUGGGAGCUUACUGGUAGAAUCACUGGUCCUUGGCAGGAAGAGGGUGAGGAUGUCUAUACACCGUAUGGCUGA